CUAUCUCAUUGGUGGGCUGAUCUCGGCAACCAAAGCUUGGUUUCUACAGCACAGUUUCCGCGAAACUCCCUCGGUUAAAUUCUUCUUGAAAGGACCUACAGACUAUUGGAACAUCCUCUCCUUCUACUUUGCCAUUCGGGACAUCAACUGGGAUCCCAAGGUUUUACCUAAUAUCACUCUGGGCUACAACAUCCAUGACAACUAUUUCAACAAGAUCAUAACAUCAGAUGCUUUACUGGACCAACUUUCGACUGGGCAGACCAAUGUCCCAAAUUAUAGAUGUGGAAAACCAAGAAACCUCCUCGCUGUCCUUGAAGGGGCCAACUCUGACAUCUCCAUCCAGAUUUCAACCAUGCUGGGCACCUACAAAAUCCCACAGGCUGCAGUUUUCUCUUCCACUUUAGCUUCAUCCUCUCCUUCAGAGCUCCAGGUUUCACAAUUCUUCCAUGAAAGGGGUACGUUUGGAUGAGACGGGAGUGCUAACAGCCGACUUUGACAUAAUAAAUUGGGUCGUCGUCUCCAAUGAGAAAAUGACCAGAGUCAAAUUUGCAACGCUGGAGAGCCAGGGAGCUGAAAACUUCAAAUUUAUUAUUAGCCAGGAUGGUAUUGAGGACUUGAAUUGGCUUAACAAGACUUUCCCUCCUUCCCAGUGUGUGGAAAAUUGCCGGCCCGGAUCCAUCAAGGUGGCCCGUGAACGCGAACCUGUUUGUUGCUACGAUUGUGUUCCUUGCGCAGAGGGGACUAUGUCUACUCAACAAGAUGCAGAGAAAUGCACCAAAUGUCCAGAAGAUGAGUAUCCAAAUGAAGACCGAGAUCAAUGUGUCCCUAAAAUUAUAAAUUUUCUGAGCUAUCAAGGACAUUUGGGGAUCAUCUUAGCUUCGAUUUCCCUCUUCUUGUCCUUAGUCACAGGAUUUGUGUUGGGAAUCUUCAUUAAAUUCCUAGAAACUCCCAUUGUCAAAGCCAACAACCGGGACCUCUCUUAUGUCCUCCUCGUCUCCCUCCUGCUUUCUUUCUUGUCCUGCUUCCUCUUCAUUGGCCGGCCAAGCAAAGCCACCUGUCUCCUCCGCCAAACAGCCUUCAGCAUCAUCUUCUCGGUUGCUGUCUCUUCUGUCUUGGCCAAAACAAUCACGGUGGUGAUGGCCUUCCUGGCCACAAAGCCAGGGAAUCGGGUAAGGAGAUGGCUGGGAAAGAGCUUCACCAACAGUCUCAUUCUUCUCUGUUCUAGUGUCCAAAUUGUUCUGUGCUCCUCUUGGUUAGGGCUACAGCCCCCAUUUCCGGACUCUGAUAAGAACUCUCAGCCAGGAGAAAUCCUCCUGCUGUGCAAUGAAGGCUCUCUUGCUAUGUUCUAUGGCGCUCUUGGCUACAUGGGCUUCCUGGCUGCCAUCUGUUUUGUGGUGGCUUUCCUAGCCAGGAAUCUGCCUGGGGCCUUCAACGAAGCCAAGCUGAUCACCUUCAGCAUGCUGGUCUUCUGCAGUGUUUGGGUGUCCUUCGUGCCUACCUACCUGAGCACCAAGGGGAAGUACAUGGUGGCUGUGCAGGUCUUCUCCAUCUUGGCCUCCAGUGCUGGGCUGCUGAGCUGCAUCUUCUUCCCCAAGUGUUACAUUAUUGUACUAAGACCUGAUCUGAAUACAAAAGAGCAUUUAACGAUAAAAAUGAAAUAGAAAAGUGAUCCUUCCAUAAGGAUACUUCAAGAGUGUUAUCUAAAAUCAUCCAUUCAUAUUUAAUAAUUGGUCAUAUUAUCAAUGAGCAUCUCCCCCUCUUCAUCCCACCCCAUUUGUGCUUAGAUAAUAUUUAAGUAAUUCUUCUUGGGAUAUAAUUUGUUUGUUUAGGUGUGUGUUUUACAUUUCUAAAAUAGACACAACGCUUCUUAUACAUGUUAGUUUUCCAUAAUAAAAAGAUUGAAUUGUCGU